AUCUCCAUUUUGCAUAUUUUCCUUAUCACAAGAACUGCGACUUCCCAACCCACAAGAACGUCGUUUUCAGUCUCCCAACUUUCUUUAUAAGAAGUAAGAACUCCCUCCCGCCACAAAGUUCUCUGCUCCUUUUCUGAAAGUGAUGGGAAGCGACGGCGGAGCAGCGGCGGGGAUGAUGAAGCGCGCAGAGGUGGAUACCCGGCAGCCGUUCCGGUCGGUAAAAGAGGCCGUCACGUUGUUCGGCGAGAAAGUUCUGGCCGGAGAGCUCAUGUACUCCGACAAGAUUAAACAGAUGCAGACGGGACCAUCGGAGCUGGAAGAAACGAAGCAGAGCCUGGAGAAAGCCAAAGAGGAAAGCACCCUCAUGGCAAACUCCAUCUCCCUCCUCCGACAAGAGCUCGAGAAAACGAAGCAAGAGCUCCGGCAGCUGAAACAGAGGGAAGUAGUCAAGAUGAAGAAGCAAUCGACGGCUCCGAUUCCGCAGCCCGAGAUCAACGGCCAGGACGUGAGAGUCGUGGAACCAACAAGGUCGUCAUCGUCAUCCUGGAACAAUAACGCUAGUGAAUUAAGUCGUCAUCCUGAGGUAAUGGAGUUCCAGAAGAAAAGGUUCGUGACGUUUGCUAAUCCGCCAUCUCUAGCUCAGGUCAUGGCUCCUCCAACGAUCGACCACCAUCACCAGACGCUGGAGAGACAUCCUUCGCUGAGGAGGAAGAAGAAGAAGCCGUUGAUACCUUUGAUUGGAGGCUUCUUCUUCUCCUCCAAGAGAAAGGGGCACCACGAAGUUGCUUAAUUGUGAUUGUUGUAAUUUGACUAAUUUCUUCCAUUGUAAGAUGAUGAUGACUUCCCAUUUUGGACAUUACUUAUGGCUUUAAUUUGAAAUCACAGUCACUAAUAAUAAGUUCAGGAAGAAAUGAGAGAUACAAAUUAAUAAUGUUAUCUUACUACCCUGUAGCAGUAUUGCAAAACAAGGGUUUAAUUUCA